CCCGCCCCCCGGGAAUGAAUGGAUGGGCGGCCUCAGCGCCCGCCCGACCGCUGGGAGGACCGACCCGGCGGGGACCUGCUGGGGGCAGGACCCGGGGAGCAAAAUGGCCACUGUCAUCCCUGGCCCCCUGAGCCUAGGCGAGGACUUCUACCGCGAGGCCAUCGAGCACUGCCGCAGCUACAACGCGCGCCUGUGCGCCGAGCGCAGCCUGCGCCUGCCUUUCCUCGACUCGCAGACCGGCGUGGCCCAGAACAACUGCUACAUCUGGAUGGAGAAGACCCACCGCGGGCCGGGUUUGGCCCCGGGACAGAUUUACACGUAUCCCGCCCGCUGUUGGAGGAAGAAACGGAGACUCAACAUCCUGGAGGACCCCAGGCUCAGGCCCUGCGAGUACAAGAUCGACUGUGAAGCACCCCUGAAAAAGGAGGGUGGCCUCCCAGAAGGGCCGGUCCUCGAGGCUCUACUGUGUGCAGAGACGGGGGAGAAGAAGAUUGAGCUGAAGGAGGAGGAGACCAUUAUGGACUGUCAGAAACAGCAGUUGCUGGAGUUUCCGCAUGAUCUCGAGGUGGAAGACUUGGAGGAUGACAUUCCCAGGAGGAAGAACAGGGCCAAAGGAAAGGCAUAUGGAAUCGGGGGUCUCCGGAAACGCCAGGACACCGCUUCCCUGGAGGAUCGAGACAAGCCGUAUGUCUGUGAUAUCUGUGGGAAACGGUAUAAGAACCGGCCGGGGCUCAGCUACCACUACACCCACACCCACCUGGCCGAGGAGGAGGGGGAGGAGAACGCCGAGCGCCACGCCCUGCCCUUCCACCGGAAAAACAACCAUAAACAGUUUUACAAAGAAUUGGCCUGGGUCCCUGAGGCACAAAGGAAACACACAGCCAAGAAGGCGCCCGACGGCACUGUCAUCCCUAACGGCUACUGUGACUUCUGCCUGGGGGGCUCCAAGAAGACGGGGUGUCCCGAGGACCUCAUCUCCUGUGCAGACUGUGGGCGAUCAGGACACCCCUCGUGUUUACAAUUCACGGUGAAUAUGACGGCAGCCGUGCGGACCUACCGCUGGCAGUGCAUCGAAUGCAAAUCCUGCAGCCUGUGCGGAACCUCUGAGAACGACGGUGCCAGCUGGGCGGGUCUCACCCCCCAGGACCAGCUGCUGUUUUGUGACGACUGCGAUCGGGGUUACCACAUGUACUGCCUGAGUCCCCCCAUGGCGGAGCCCCCAGAAGGGAGCUGGAGCUGUCACCUCUGUCUUCGGCACCUGAAGGAAAAGGCCUCUGCUUACAUCACCCUCACCUAGGCUGGCUCUGCUCACCGGGACUCUGGGGUGGUGCUCGCCUACCUGCCUCUCCGAGCUCCUCAGCCCUCCCCCACCCUGAAUGCCCCGCAGGGGGAGGGGGAGAAGGGGAAGCUGAGGGGGGGCUGGGCCACCCCUCCCCUCUGUGCAAGUACAAUGUCUGCCCUGUGGGUGGGUGGGCCCGACUGGGCGCCCCCCCCUUCCUCCCUAUCAGUCCCUUGGCAUAUGGACACCCGGGGCCUCUGCUCCCCUCAAAGCCAUACCCCGCCUCUAGGCGGGCUUGGGGGGUAGUGGGUGCCAGCCAGGGGCAUGGACAGAGCCUUUUUCUAAAGAAAAAGAGAAAAAGUUAAAAAAAAAAAAAGAAAAAAGAAAAGAAGUUAAUAUAUACAAAGAAUCCUUCAAGGCCUGGCUGGGUGGAGGGGCGCUGCUGAGAGUGUCCACUGGGCACCCGCCUCUGCCAGCCUCCCGCCAGGCGCCCUGACCCCAAUUUCUGGAGCUGCAGCCGUCCCUCGCCCCACCCAAGGUGGGCACCUUCCCCUCCUGUGCCCAGGGCGGUGGGCGUGGUGUCCACUCACCCCUCCCGGUGCCCACGGUGGGUACUGCAUGAUGUGAACCUUGGUUUUGAACUCUGUUCCUGCCCCUCCCCGAACGCCCCGGCCUGUGCCCACCCCGUGCCUGCUGUGGCUGGUGGGUGGCGGUGGUGGGGCCGGGUGGCCCCCGCCCAGCGCCUGCUGGAAUGAGAAGCACAGACUCCGCCACGGACUCCUUUUCCGUCCCCUCCUCCGCCCUCCUUCCACCCUGCCAGGCCUGGUGGCCCCUGCCCCCCUCGCUGGCCAUUUUGGGGGGAGUGAGGGGGCGUGGUUGUUUCUUGUGGUUGUGUGUGUUUGUUGUUUGGGUUUUAAAAAAGGGAAACUGAGACUGCAGGCGGGGGAGGUGGUGGAUUUUGGGGGGAUGUCCCCCAAUCCAGGUGUACCCCUCACUUGUCACUGAGUCUCCUCUAUUGCCUGCCUCUGCUGUGAAUUAACUUGUUCUGUGUAUUAAACUGGGCCUGACCCCUCUGCCCAC